AUGUUUGCUUUCAACUCCUUCCACCAUCCAAUGGUUCCUAACCAGCCCGCCCAGCCGCAGACCCAGUACCAGCACUACUACAACCCCAACACCCAACCCAUCGGCUUCAACUGCUACAGCGCCGCAAACGGCAUGGCCAGCAUGAACCCAGCCGUCAACGCCAACUUCAUCUACAACCCCAACAUGAACGUCGGCAUCGCCAACAACAUGAACAUGCCAACACUGGGUACCGCAAAUAAUAAUAACAAUAAUAGUAACAAUAACGGCAACAGCGGCACCCAGCCUAAUGGCGGGGUCGCCUCGGUUUUGGACUACGAUCUGGAUCAAAUGGUGAAAUUUCUCUCUUGGGUGGCCUUCGGACUUGUCAAGAAGAGCAUGAGCCCUUCUCUGGCCUUCCAGAAGUCCAUCAACUCGGUCUUGUCCGCAACAAGACUGCCCAAGUCUACCUUGUUGCUAGCCAUCAACUACCUGUCCAACAAAAUGGACGACGACCUGUCCUCCUCUUCGGCGUACAUUCACUGUAACGAAGACGAGAUCUUCAAGAUCCUCAUCACCGCGUUGAUUCUUUCAAACAAGUUCAACGACGAUAAGACCUUCAGAAACAAGUCGUGGUCGGAUGCAACCAACUUGCCUCUUUUGGAAAUCAACAAGCUGGAAAGAUCCUGGCUCAUGGACUGCAACUACGAGCUCUUCAAGACAAACUCGUUCUCCAUGGUCGAAAGCUGCUGGAACACCUGGUGUAUUAAAAACAUCCAGUCCAUCGAUAAUAACACCUCCACCGUCAACAACCACAUGGUUCAUCAGCAGUACAACCACCCAUCAAACCUCGUUGCCCCAUUGACCCCGGUCUCCACCAACCCUUCAUCUCCAAUCAACCCUUCAUGUUGUUAUUAUGACAAUAAUACAAUCCCAAACCAGAUUUUCGAAAACCCGUUCCAAAACGUCACCCAUCCGGAAAACAUCAUCAACAGCAUCGGCAACAACCACCAACACCAAUCCCACCCUUCUAUGGUCAUCUCCCCAGCCAACGACUUCCCUUACAUGAGCAACGACUACUUGGAGAUGCCUAUGAACACCACCAACAACUACUACAACAACGGUAACCACCUGCAGACCAUCAAUCCCCACCACUUGGAGUAUGAGAACGAUCAGGUCAUCAACUAUGACAUGAACAACUCCUACAACUACGGUUUGGAUUACAUCUACAAUGGUUACUCGAAUUAUGGUUGUUUCAACGGCUACAACUACUGUGCUGCAACUGCUUGUUAA